GUCCGGGAACUUUGAGACUCGGCCCCGGGGGCCCUCGGUGACAUUUCAGGCGGCGCCUCGCCAGGCCAGCCUCCCGGGACCCUCUGCCGGCUGCAGACUCGCCGGCCGCGCAGCUCGGAGAGACACCCCGGGCCGCCCCCCGCGGCCGCGCGCGAUCCGGACGGCGGAAGACGUGGCCGCGGGCAUGGGCAGCUUCUCGCUGGAGCCGUGGCUGCCGCGGCCUCUCAGCCCCCCGGGCCUGGUCCUCGCUGCGGCCCUGCUGCUGCUGGUACUGUAUCUGCACGCCCGGCGCAUCAGGAGACCUGGUGAACCUCCAUUGAUAAAAGGCUGGCUUCCUUACUUUGGAGAAGCCCUGAAAUUACAAAAAGAUCCCCUAGGUUUCAUGACUACUCUUCAAAAGCAGUAUGGUGACGUUUUCACUCUUUUCCUUGGGGGAAAUUACAUAACGUUUAUCCUGGACCCUUUCCAGUACCAGUCAGUCGUAAAAAAUCAAAAAUUAAGCUUUCAAAUGUUUACUAGUAAAUUCUUAAUGAGAGUAUUUUCUGUCAAAAAGAUGAUGACAUAUCAUGACCUGAACGACAAGAUUCAUACUAGCUAUCAACUUUUACGAGGGAAGCAUUUGGACACACUGAUGGAAAACACAAUGCAGACUCUAAAACAAGUUUUUGAACCACAGCUCUUAAAAACCACAAGUUGGGACACGGAAUAUUUGUUGACAUUCUGCAGCUCAGUGAUAUUUGAGGUGACAUUUACAGCCAUACAUGGAAAUGUUCUCGCUGGCGAUAGGAAAACAUUCAUGACUGAGUUAAGAGAUGAUUUUUUUAAAUUUGACGGCAAAUUCACACAUUUAGCAUCAGGCAUACCCAUUGAGCUUCUAGGAAACAUCAAGUCUAUUCGAACGAAACUUAUAAAACAAUUGACAACAGAAAACUUAGCCAAGUUACAAGGAUGGUCAGAAGUUGUUCAAAUGAGGCAAGAUAUCCUGGAGAAAUACUAUACGCCCAAGGACACUGAAAUAGGAGCACAUCAUUUAGGCUUGCUCUGGGCCUCUGUGUCAAACACUGUUCCAACUAUGUUCUGGACGAUGUAUUACCUUCUACGGCACCCAGAAGCUAUGGCAGUGCUGCGUGACGAAAUUGACCAUUUGCUGCAGUCAACAGGUCAAAAGAAAGGGCCUGGAUUUUCCAUCCACCUCACCAGAGAACAAUUGGACAGCCUGGUCUACCUUGAAAGCACCAUUCUUGAGGUCUUGCGACUAUGCUCCUUUUCUGGCAUCUUUCGCGUCGUUCAAGAGGACUUGACACUACACUUAGAAAGCCAGGACUGCUGUCUGCGAAAGGGAGACUUUGUAGGCAUCUUUCCUCCCGUCUUACAUUAUGACCCUGAAAUCUUUGAAGCUCCAGAGGAGUUUAGAUUUGAUCGUUUUACAGAAAGUGGUAAGAAGAAAACCGCCUUUUUUAAAAGAGGGAAAAAGUUGAAGUAUUACCACAUGCCAUUUGGAUUUGGAGUCAGCAAAUGUCCAGGCCGAUUUUUGGCAAUAGUUGAGAUAAAGCAAUUGUUGGUUGUAUUUUUAACUUAUUUUGAUUCAGAAAUAAUUGAUGAUAAGCCCUUAGAACUAAACUACAACCGCUUUUUGUUUGGUAUACAGUAUCCAGACUCUGAUGUUUUAUUUAGGUACAAAGUAAAAUCUUAAAGAAGCUAAAAGGAAAGAAAGGAAAUCUAUCAAAGCUAACCUAAAUGUCCUUAGCUCAUCUAUUUGUUUUUAAUUUCUUCAAAUGUAAUUGCUUUGUUUGUUUUAAAAGUGCCAAUUUCUGUUUGAUCUGAGAUCAGUCCAGUCUGUACUUUGUCACAAAACCCAUCCAAAAAAAGAAAGAAAGAAAGAAACAGCAUGGUGGCAUGAAAUUGACAUCAAAAUCAACAUAAUGAUUAACUUAAAGUAGCUUUUUUUAAGUUUCUUCGUACAUAUUGUGAUUUGCAAGUGUCAUAGUAAAUGUGCCUUCACAGCAAUAGAUUUGACACUGUGGGAUUUUUCUAAAGUCCCAAAUUCUUCUCUAAUAUGUAAGAAUACACUUUAUGUACUAAUGGAAAUUUGUGCUGGAAAUGGACACAGUCUAACAAAUUCCAAGUUCUCAGAGAAGAAGGAAAUUAAAUUUCCAUGAGAUACACUGGAUGAAAAUGUUCCCUUCAAGUGUAAUAUCAAUAAUAUCUAUAUUGCCAGGGUACGUUUGCAUUAAAUGAGUUUUGCAGUAGAUUAAAUGCUUCCACUUCACUUCAAUAUUUUAUCAUCCAUAAAUGUUCUUUAUUACUUUGUAUACUGUGGCUCAAUAGAACAAAAUUUCUGGUUAUAUAAGGCCACUCAUGUUCAAGUGAGACACUGAGAAGAUUUAUCAGUGUAAGAACACACAAAAACCUAUUAUAUAUUCAGCAGUUGCCCUAGGCAUUAGUAUUAGGUUUAUUGUAGGAGUAAAUAUUGAGCUCAGUACAGGACUGAUUGUAGCAUUUGACUCCAGUGUAAACUAUAAGGGUUAUGCCAGUGUUGGAAUUAACUUUCCUAAAUGCUUCCAUUUACACCAACUGAGAAACUAGAUAGCAGUAUUUGUUCCUGACGCCUCACCUCUUGGACUUGGAGUUUAUUUGAAUUACAACAUUAUGUAAUACAGUAUAAUUCCAUGUGCCACAAUGCAGCAUAGUGUGGAGGAUUCAAAGAUUGCUAGUAUCAGAUUGCCAAGUGAUUGUCUGGCAUCCUACCUAACUGCUGAUGCCGUAUAUAAACAGGUAAAGCAGGUCAUUAAACCCAGUUAAUUCAUGCUGCGUUCUUUGGAACUUCUGAUAUUUCGGAAAUGUGCUAUUGUUUUUGAAAAGGAAAUUGAUUUUAAAAAUAACAGUAUAAAAUACUUAACCAUACUUAGUAACUAAAUAGAUUUUCUAGCAUUUAUUUUCUCCUUCCUGAAGUCCAUACUCUUAAGUGCACCUUAGUGAAGGUCUACCAGUCUAAACUUUGUUUUUGCCAGAUUGAAGAUGUUUUCCUUUUUGCCCUCAUUCCUGAAAGGUGAUUUCGCUAGAUGCACAAGUCUAGAUUGACAGUGAUUUCCUCACAGGGCUUUGAGGAUAUCUCAUGUUCUGAAAAGGUUAACCUUUAUUCGGUUUAAUUAUUCAGUAGGUAGUCUGCCUCCCGGACAGCUUUAACGUGCUCUCCUUGUCUUUGAUGUUCUUAGUUUCUGUUUAUCAUGCUUGCAUGUCAUGGUGUCUUUCAUGAAGUGUAGAAUGUUCACAGUCAUUAUCUCUUUGAAUAUUUCCUCCCUCAGGCUCCUGUAUCUCUCUCUGUACUCCAUGUUGUUUGACCUUUUUGCCUCGUAUUUUCCCCCUCUAAUUUACAUUCUCGGUAAUUUCUUUUGAUCUUUAGAUUCCUCUGCCAAUUUAUUCUACUCUUUAACCCAUCCAUCAAGUUUGUUUCUUCCUUCUUUUUAUUUUAACCUCAGGUUCAUAGGACUGAGAGAUCACAUGCCUUAUGCCCCUUAGUUCAUGGUACACAAUUAUAAUUGGCCCAAACAAGGCCCUCUGGCUUUAUUUACUCGUUCUAUUUUAUCGCUAAUGGCCACCAUUAUACCCCUCCCCAUCAGAGGCAAAUAGUCUGUGUUUGGUGUGUAUCUUUUUAUUUGUAUGUGUUUUUAUAAAACACAUGUUAUUAUCUUGGGUGCAUAUGUGUUUAAUUUUCAUAAAUGUAUAUUCUAUAAAUCAUUAUUCUUCUUAAUGUUUAACUACACUCUAUAUUUUUAAAGAUAUAUCCAUAUUACUUUAUGUAUAUUUAAUCUGUUGCUUCUAACUGCUGUAUAGUAACCCAUAAUGUGCACCCACCAUGUUUUAAUGCUCUAUUUACCCAAUGUUGGAAACUGUGUUGGUGGGACAGUUAAUUUGGGGGGAGAGGCCAAAGGAGAACCUAGACGUCCUCCCACUACUGUGUGCUCCACCCUCCACCCUGAGCUGCAAACCCUGUCAUCAGCAGCCUCACCACACGCGCACAUACACACGCGCGCUCGCACACACGUGUGCGCAGAUGCGUGCACACGCGCGUGCAGACGCACGCAAGGCGCGCGCGCAUACACGCACACACGCGCACACACAUGGACGCGUGCGCACGCCCACAUGCACGCACGCACACACGCGUGCCCACACACACACAGGCCGUGUCAGCCUUCAUUCUCUUAGAUGUUCCAGACUUGUGUUCCAUUCUGUACCUGGUAUUUCCACAUCAUCAGUGUUUUGUGGGUCUGAUUCUGUAGUUUGCUUUUCUUUUAACGCUGCCUCAGGAUGGCUUGUUUACUGGGCCCAUGUUCCUUGGAAUUUUAUCUCUGGAUUUUUUUAAGACCUGAGUUUAAAGUUCACACCUCCAGAGAGAAUUUGCGUUUGCUUUUGUCUGACUGCUGGUGUUACUAUCAACUUCAGAUCACUUUACAUUUUCAACUUGAGUAUUUUGAAAGGGGAUUGGGAACAACAUAGAUAGUGUGGGUUCUAGCCCUAAAUCAGCCAGACUGCAACCCUAUGAGUAGGAAUAGACAGGAGAGACUUUCUGGGUUUUUUUCCCCCUUUACCCAAAGUCAAGGCUGAGACAGGCAAGUAUACCCACAGUCCUUCUCUGUGGAGCAAGGUUUAUUUCUAAGUCACUUACUGAGGGUGCUGUCUCUGCAAAUUCUUGGCUUUGUGUACAGGUCUUGGAUUACACGGGCGUGCACACACACACACACACACACACACACACACAAACACACACACCUCGCUUGGGCCCCAAGCUUUAUCUUCUGCCUGCCACAAAGUAUAGCCCAUUCGUUUUGUACUAGGACAUGUAUUCCACCAUGUUGCCUGAAGUGGAAGCUUCCAGAUUCUUAAAUUCAUCUUAGUAGUACACUUUUGUGCUGCUACAGCAGAGAGCACAGAAAAGUAUUCCAUUCUAAUUUCUGCUUAAUUUAUAGCGAAAGGAAUUUAGAGUAGAAGUAUUAUGUAAAAUAUUACAUAAAAGCAAUGGGUGGUAGAACCAAAACAAGAGAGUCUUGUGACAGGCUUAAAUCUGGUAAUUAAAGAUUGUUUAUAAAUAGAAUAAAUGUCGUGGAGAAAUAAGUUAAAAGACAUGGAUUCUAGCUAUGACAUAACUGGUUUGUUUUCAUCAACAAGUCACUUUGCCUCUCAGUGCUUCAGUUUCCAUAUUUGCAAAAUAAAAAUAUUAAGGCCUUUUGACACCAGGGUUCAUCAUGAGGAUUGAACACAGUAAGAUGUGCAAACUGACUUUGAAAAGUGUAAUGCAAUAUACAAACUUAAAGUGUAAAAGAGAUACUUUGACAAUGUUGUGCCUUUUAAAAACUGUUCUUUUGUAUUUGUUAAAGGGAACCAUUUUUUGUCAUUAGUUAAUUCAUUAUUCAUUUAUUCAGUCAAACACUUAUUGAGCAUUUCCUCUAUCCAAGAUGUGAUGCUAUGCUAUGUGUUCUUCAAGAACACAUAAUUUAUUAGAGAACACAAUACAUACCCAACUAAUUUAUUAUAAAUGUAGUUGUAAUAAAUCAUCUCCUUAAAACUAUUUUAAAAUUCUGAUUCAUCACCAGUUCUAACGAAACUUCCAUCACUCAUUCCAAAUUAGUGUUCUCUAAUGAGAAAUUACUGUGAGCCUAAUUACAUACAAUAAAACAUAUACAUCAAGUAUUGUGAUUAUAUGUUAAAAAUCAUGAAAACCAAAUACAAUCAUUGAGGCUUCAGAAUUGUUUAAAAGCUGUAUUUUACAUAUAGUAAAAACUCAUCUUUUCAUUUUUAAGCCUCUUCUAAAUUUCAAAUGAAAGAAAAUGAAUAACUAAAAAUAUUAUUUUAUAUCAAUGACCAACAGUAAUGAAGCAUUCAGUUAGCAAACACUAAAUGCUCUGAAGAUAUUCAGGGAAAAGCUAUUUAUCACUGAGUAAGGAAUGCUGAUAAGCAACCUAUUCGGGGACUUUUAUCUGCCUUGUUUGGCUUUCGUGGCGUACUUCAUUACAUUUUCUCCAUUUUCUCAUUAACUUUUGGGUCACAAGUGUGAGGCAGAGGAGCUUCUGUACUCAAAAUUUGCAUGAUUCUGUUUAUUUUCUCAUGAAAAAUAAUUUGGGUAGCAUUUCCUGUAAGCUACUUCUUCAAAUUUAACCGCGGAAUCUUAAAAACAAUUUCAAAGAUCAAAGCACAAAAACUAUCUAGACUUUGAUCUUCGUAUAAAACAAUGUCAAUAAUUAUAAAACAAGAAUUAUAGGCCCUGAGAAUGUACACUGCUUUAAUCUAUUAAAUUUGCCAAUAUUGCAAACCAUUAUGUACUUGAACUGCAUUAUUAGGUAUUCAUAUUCACAUACUCAAUUAGGGAAAAGUUAGCAAGCCAAGAUUAAGUUCCCUGUAGCAUUAUUUUAAAUUACAGUGGAUGAUCACAUAAAGCUCUCUAAUGUUUCUCUAAAGCAAUUAUUACUUAGUCUACUUCAGAUUGUUAAUCUAAAUCAGUGAUCAUUGACGAUGGAACUUUUUUGCUUAAAUGUUUACUUUGUUUAUAAUGUCUUGAGUAAGAUAAAUUUAAUUCGUGAAAAUCUCUCCUGAACAAUUUUUUAAAGGAGGUAAUUUGGCAAUACUUACAUUUUAAAAUAUUUUUUAAGCAGAGGAGUGCUGUAUAUUAAAAAAAUAAUUGUCCUGAAUGUUUGUUUAAUACUCUUUUGAUUUUAAAAUGGUAUAUAGGUGGAUUUAUGAGGAAGCAAAUUAUCUUGAAAAGUCCUUAGGUAAGAAAUGCAAGUGCUUUGUAACUCAAUUAAUGCUGUUUUUUAAGUUUACAACAAGCCAAUAAAUUAACUUUUAAAGCACA